GGUAAAAAUGUUUUGUUUAAAUCUGUCAAGAUGAAAUUCAUAUUCAUCAUAAGGCGCUAGCUACUUUCUAUACCUUUCACACGGCCACGCAGAAUGCCACGCCGUUCCAACGCUAAUUCUGACGAAAGUCCAGUGACCAGACGUACUAGUGCUCGAAUUGCUGCUGCACAGGCAGCGUCCCCUGCCAAGUCUCCAACUAAAUCUCCCCGUCGUAAACGGCAGUCUACUGAACCAGCUAAAACGGUUUCUGAUGACACUGAGUCACAACAGUCACAAGUUAAGAGUGAGAGUAGUAUGGAGGAGCUGAAUGGUAUCGAUACUAGUUCUGUAAAGGAUACUGAGCUAACUCAUGAUCUAGCGGAAAUACCUCACAAAAAAACCAAGGUUGAUAAGAAGUCAGACGAUGUAGAUCAUUUGUGUUCCGAUCACGAGAAGACUGAAGUUGAGCUACUGAAGGAGAAUGACGCGGUUGUUAAUCAAACUCAAGAUUCAAAUACAACCUCCACUGACUUCGAAGUCGUCGAACACAGUUCAGUACCACCACCUGACAGUGCCGAGGUCCAAGCAGCCAUCUCGGCGCAAGGUGAUGACGGUCAGUUAUUGGUUGGAUUUGUUCAAGUGAAUAAGGACGAGUUACCGCCCUCUAAUAGUUUGGAAACAAAACAAGUUCCAGCCGCUUUGGAGUCAUGUAAUGAAACAGUGACAUGUGGCGCAGAAAGUGUCAAAAGGACGGAUCCUAAUGUAGAACCCUGUGUGAAUAACCUAAAUGGCAACUUUGGGUCCCAAGAGUCUAGCAAAGAUGAACCUUCAAAACCCAAUGGCACCGUACAUGUUGAAGCCCACCACAAAACUCCCGUUCCCAUUGAAGAACCAGUUAUCCAACCACUUGUUGCUCCGGUUACUGGAGAUAUUGUUCUCGAUGCUGUCCCCGAAGUGGUUUCUCAACAGUAAUUCAUCUUGAUUCCUCAUUUAUCAAAUAUUUGUCACUUCGCAAGCAUCAUAAACUGACUGAUUAGUUUUUCGUUGAAAAUACUGUUAAUUUGGCAGCCCGGUCGUUAAGAACUGGUUUUGUUUAAUUGUAUGUUCAUCUAUGGAUACAGAACUUUUAUAAAACUAACGAGUCAGUUAUAUUGACCCUCAUCCACUAAACUCUACACCACACGUUUCUAUCCAUUCCCCGUGUAGGUCACUGGUCCUUCAGUAUAAACAAUGUGUCUGAUAUUUAUACACCAGUUUUUCCGAUAUUUUGCUUCGUUUUGUUUGUUUCAUUCCUUCAUGUAAACGCUUACUUCAUGAAAUUCACAGUGUUGAUAUUCAUCAUAUAUUCAUAUACGCUUGCGAGAUUUUCUAUUCUACUCAUCAUUGUAUGUUCGUUUUUAACCUAUUUCCAUAGUUCCAUGUUUUAUAGUCACUAUGCAAUAGUUAUUGCGUUGCCUGUAUUAUCACACUCCAUUUGCAUUUGGUUGUUUAUAAAAAUUAAAAUUCAUGUUUAAUACUUGAUUAGUGUGUUUUUAAACCCGAUACAUUGUCCCAUUGUUUUAGUAUUUUUAAUUUGCUGCUCGCAAAUUUUGACUGCGAUAAGUUGCUUUAAAUUCUUAGUCUGUUUCAGUUUAUGAGUCAAAUUGCUACAAUUUAAAUGCUCUUAGUGUUUACCUUACUUUUUAGAACUUUCACACGUGUAUGUUCUUAGACCUCCUUAGUAGCUCGAUUAAUUUCUUUUAAAAAUAGAUAUCCUUUGCUACUUCAGUAAUAACUUAUUUGAUUGUGUGUUUUUAGUAAUAGUAUGCAUCAAAAUCAGAUAAGGCGUCAACGUACUUGCGAAAGUUAUAUCAAUC